UAUAUUGUAUAUCUUAAUGACUUGCGCAUGCUUACGUUUCCCUCUCUUUCCAUUGUAUACAACUAUUCUUUCUUUUGUAAAUGUUCAAGUUAAGAAUUUGAGCACAGUUUAAAGUGGCAUGUAAUAUUAAUAGAAAAGAAUUAAUAUUUAGUACGUUGGACAGAGAAAUUUACCGAUAAAAUUGAAACAAAAUAUAAGAAACAAUGAAUAUUGCGGAUGGAGUUGGAUAUACGAGAUCAGAAAUAUUCGUACUUGUGGCAAGAGUAUCAUUUAUUGCGGCUUUUGGAUUUUUUAGUAUGAAAUGGAUUAUGAAUCAACUUGAUCCUACGAAUAAUGCAAAGAAAAAAGCCAGAAAAAAGGCACGAGAACAGUUACGAAAACUUGCUAAAACAGAUAAUUUAUUAUGGUCAGUAGACAUGGAUCAAUUGACAGAUUAUGAAAUGAUAAUAGCUAAUCAUAUAGUGGAUCCCAAAGAUAUUCGGGUUUCAUGGGAAAAUAUUGCAGGUCUUGAACAUGUUAUACAAGAAUUAAAGGAAACUGUUAUAUUGCCUAUACAAAGAAAGGAACUAUUUGAAGAUUCUCAAUUAACACAAGCACCAAAGGGUGUACUCUUACACGGACCACCAGGCUGUGGUAAAACAAUGAUUGCCAAAGCAACUGCUAAAGAAACUAAAACAUGUUUCAUUAAUUUAGAUGUAAGCAUUCUAACUGAUAAAUGGUAUGGUGAAAGUCAAAAAUUAACUGCAGCUGUGUUUUCACUAGCUGUGAAACUUCAACCAUGUAUAAUCUUUAUUGAUGAAAUAGAUUCAUUUUUAAGAGCACGCAAUUCGCAAGAUCAUGAAGCAACUGCAAUGAUGAAAGCACAAUUCAUGUCUCUUUGGGAUGGAUUAAUCACAGAUCCUUCUUGCAUAGUUAUAAUAAUGGGUGCUACUAAUAGGCCACAAGACUUAGAUAGAGCUAUUCUUAGACGUAUGCCAGCUACUUUUCACAUUGGUUUGCCAAAUGAAGAGCAACGAGUGCGAGUUUUGAAAUUAAUAUUGGAUCAUGAACCAAUAGCUGAAAAUGUAGAUAUAGCAAAAUUAGCAAAAGUAACAGAAGGUUUUUCUGGAUCAGAUUUGCAAGAACUUUGUAGAAAUGCAUCUAUUUAUCGUGUUCGAGAUUAUUUACGAACUCAUACACAAGAUACAAGUGCUACCAGCAGUACUGAUGAUGAAGAAUAUCAUGAUGCAGUACGACCUAUAACAAUGGAAGAUCUUCUUACAUCAUAUAAAAAGAUAAAAACAUCUAAAAUACAUACUGGUACUUUAAGUACACUUAAAUCCGAUAUAGAUUAAACAAAAAAUUAUAGUAUGUAUUAAUUUACUUUGAAAUUUUUUAUUUUAAAAAAAAAUUAGAAAACAAUUUUAUAAUAAUGUUUCUCGUUUUCAAAUAUUUAAAAGAAAAAUAUUUAAAAAAAGAAUUUAUUAUUGCAAAAUUUCACAACUGGCGAAUAAUUAUCAAUACCAACAGUACAAUGCAUGAGAAAGAGUGUAUAUAUGCAUAUAUGUGUAUAAUGUAAAAUAGAUACAAAACUAUGUUUGUAUCUAACUUGUAUUUAAUCUCUCAAAGACCGAGAUCAAGUUGAAAUUUUCUUUCCAUGUAGACAAAAAGAUUUUACAGAGAACUUUAUGAAACUGUUUUGAUUUUUUUAUUUAGAAUCAUUAGAAUUCUCUAUAUAUUGCAUUGACUGUCGUUUUUUAUCCUAUAUAUCGUUUAGUUAUCCUAGAAGUAGUGGUAGAAGAUUUCUUACAAUUUAUUUCUCAUAUAGAAUUUCAUAUUUAGAUUUUUUAAUGUUAUAUUCGUUGAAAAGAUAAAAUAAAAGAAAUUGAAUCUUUAUAGCAUAACAAUUGUAAAUGGUAACAAAAUAUGAAGAAAUGACAAUCUAUGUGAUAUAUAAAAGGACAGAGUGUAAGGAAACAGUCUGCGAUGCAUAGAGAAUGAUACUGAUGGAUUAAAGAAAAAAGAAAAAUUUCAUCAUAAUUUAAAUUAUCUUACUGCAUAAAACACAAAUUCAAGAUUUAUAAUAUAAAAAUAUUGUAAAAAAUCCAAUUUUCUCAAACGUAACUCGAUAAAUUUGUUUUGAUGAUUAAACAAUUUAAAUCUUCUGAUAUUUAUAUUUUACUAUUUUAAUUCAUUAAAUAUUUUAUUGAAUAUCAUAAUAAGAAGUUUCUCCUACAUAUAAGUUUUUUUGAAAGUAACCUCUGUAUGUGUGUAUGUAUGGUGAAUGAGUGUAUACAAAUCCGAGUAAUAUAAGAAAAUAAUUGAUUAUAUCCUGAUCACUGUUGUGUAAAUUAAUUCGUUAAUUAAUUGUUAUAUUUAAAUGUAUAAACUUUUGUAUUUAUCAUUGUACAGAUAAGAAUUCAUAAUUGGUGUUCAUAAAUAAGCAAAUAUUCCGAAUAUUAUUUUUAA